AUGAAGUUCACCUUUGCUGCUGCCGCUACGGCUUUGAUGGGCGCUGCCCAAGCCAUCAACGUCCAGGUCGUCUCCGUCGGCCGCAACCCCGUCAACAACGCCACUGGCCUCAAGUUCUGGCCCGAGAAGAUCAAGGCUGAGCCUGGCUCCAUGGUCCAGUUCCAGUUCCUUGCUGGUAACCACACCGUCACCCAGUCCGACUUCGACCACCCGUGCAAGCCCAUCAAGGAGGUCAACCCCAGCGCCCUGGGUAUCUUCUCGGCGUACCAGCCCGUCGCCGCCAGUGUAGCCAAGGGCGAGGUUCCCGUCUUUACCAUCAUGGUCAACGACACCAAGCCGAUGUGGUUCUUCUGCAGCCAAGGCCCCCACUGCGAAAAGGGCAUGGCCCUGGUCAUCAAUGAGAACACCAGCGCCAACUCUUCACGGUCUAUUGAGAACUACAAGAAGCUCGCUGCUGAGGCUUCUCCUUCCACUGGUGGCACGACAGAGAGUGGCUCCAACACUGGCAGCGGUACCUCUCCCGAGUCCAACUCCGGCUCUUCCACGACUCCUGCCGGUGCUGCCUCGAGUACCCCGACGACGGCCGGCGCCUCCAUUGCUGGCGCAUCUAGCUCGAUGCUACUUGCUCUUGGUGCUGUCUUUAUGCUCCUGUAG